CCCCACCUCCCACUUGGUUAUUAAUUUCAGAACACAUCUGAAUUCUUUCUUUGUGGCAUUUGCUUGAGUGGAAGAACAGACAGCUCCAGGUCAGGAGCAGAUUUCAAGUUCUCAUCUGUUGGUGCCAACGCCAUUACCAGAUUCCUCUCUGUAGUCAACCUUUGAGAUCUUCCCUGAGUGCAACUUGGUAUCUGAAGAUCCACAAAGGUCAUUGUUCUCUUCACAAAAUCAGUCUGCUCUUUCAGCAAAGCAUCUGCUGUUCUGAGCUUUGCUGCUGGAAGCAACUUUUCCCUGAGAUCUGGUCGAAAGCAAUUCUCAGGUGUCCAACUUCCCAGCAUGGAGGUGAAGAACUUUGCGGCUUGGGAUUAUGUCGUAUUUGCAGCCCUUUUUAUCAUUUCUUCUGGAAUCGGGGUGUUCUUUGCUAUUAAGGAGAGAAAGAAGGCGACUUCAAGGGAGUUCCUCGUUGGGGGAAGACAAAUGAGCUGUGGUCCCGUGGCAUUGUCUCUGACAGCCAGCUUCAUGUCAGCUGUCACUGUCCUGGGGGCCCCUUCCGAGGUCUACCGCUUUGGGGCCUCCUUCACACUCUUCUUCAUUGCGUAUACUUUUGUCAUCAUCUUCACAUCAGAGCUCUUUCUGCCUGUGUUCUACAGAUCUGGCAUCACCAGCACUUAUGAGUACUUACAACUACGAUUCAACAAAGGAGUUCGCUAUGCAGCAACAGUCAUCUACAUUGUGCAGACGAUUCUCUACACAGGAGUGGUGGUGUAUGCUCCUGCUCUGGCUCUCAAUCAAGUGACUGGGUUUGAUCUCUGGGGGUCUGUGUUUGCAACAGGAAUUGUUUGCACAUUCUACUGCACUCUGGGAGGCUUGAAGGCAGUGGUGUGGACAGAUGCAUUCCAGAUGGUGGUCAUGAUUGUGGGCUUCUUAACAGUCCUCAUUCAAGGAUCGGCUCAAGCUGGUGGAUUUCACAAUGUGUUAGAGCAAUCAAAAAAUGGAUCUCGACUAAAUAUAAUUGACUUUGAUGCCGAUCCUCUCAGGCGGCACACUUUUUGGACCAUCUCAGUGGGAGGAACUUUUACAUGGCUCGGCAUCUAUGGAGUUAAUCAGUCAACCAUCCAGCGAUGCAUUUCUUGCAAAACAGAGAAGCAUGCCAAGCUGGCCUUGUACUUCAACCUGGUGGGUCUCUGGAUUAUUCUGGUGUGUGCUGUUUUCUCUGGGUUGAUCAUGUAUGUCUACUUCAAAGACUGUGACCCUUGGACUUCUGGCAUUAUCUCAGCCCCAGACCAGCUGAUGCCAUACUUUGUCAUGGAGAUAUUUGCCACAAUGCCUGGGCUACCAGGACUUUUUGUGGCUUGUGCCUUCAGUGGAACUCUGAGCACUGUGGCUGCCAGUAUCAAUGCCUUAGCAACAGUGACCUUUGAGGAUUUUGUCAAGAGCUGUUUCCCCCAUCUCUCUGACAAGCUGAGCACCUGGAUUAGUAAAGGCUUAUGUAUCUUAUUUGGUGUGAUGUGUACCUCCAUGGCUGUGGCUGCGUCCUUCAUGGGUAGUGUUGUGCAGGCUGCUCUCAGCAUCCACGGCAUGUGUGGGGGGCCGAUGCUGGGCUUGUUCACCUUGGGGAUCGUGUUUCCUUUUGUGAACUGGAAGGGUGCACUAGGUGGCCUUCUGACUGGAAUCACCUUGGCAUUUUGGGUGGCCAUUGGGGGCUUCAUUUAUCCCGCACCAGCCUCCAAGACAUGGCCCUUGCCUUUAUCGACAAACCAGUGCGUCCCAUCAAAUGUGACGGUGUUAGUGCCUUCAGUGCUAUCCAGCAGGCCUCCGAUUGCUGACUCCUGGUAUUCAAUCUCCUACCUUUACUACAGUGCAGUGGGCUGCCUGGGAUGCAUUGCUGCUGGAGUAAUCAUCAGCUUCCUCACAGGUCACCAGAGUGGCAAAGACAUUCAACCAAUGCUAAUCAGACCUGUCUGCAACCUAUUUUGCUUUUGGUCUAAUGAAUAUAAAACAUUGUGCUGGUGUGGAGUACAGCAUGAUGGUGGGACAGAGCAGGAAACCCUUGAGAAUGGCAGCACCAGGAAACAAGGAACUGAAAUGGUCUUACAGAACGGACUCAGAAGAAAAAGCCUGGUCCGCGGUCCAAGCUGCAAUUCCAAGGGCAAAAGCUAUGACAAUGUGGCAUUUGAGAAGAUUACCCAUUUCUAAGGCAACACGUGCAUGCGUGUGCACACAAACACGCACAUACACACGCGUAGGCAUACAUAGUCCCCAUGCUUUUUGCUUAUUGGUUAGUAGACUUGUGUAGUUGCCAUUGCUAGAAGAAAAGGGUGCCUACUGUCUAUUUAUAACUUAUUUAUAACCUCAAAUACAAUGACCAUUUCCUGGGAUAUUCUUUGGAAGACCCAAACUUUCAGGUGAGAAAAAACAACCACGCCUUAAGUGCCCAGGAGACAUCCUUCUUGAAUAAAGUGAGACUGGAUUUAAUCAU